AUGAACAUCUCACGCUCGUAUCCCUCUACGGUCUCGAGUAUCUCCUUCUCGUUUCUCACUACUGAGGACGUUCGACGCAUCUCCGUCAAGCAGCUCGUCAAUCCCGUUCUUCUCGAUGAUCUUAAUCGACCGACGAUCGGGGGUCUCUACGAUCCUGCUCUUGGACCCAGUAACAAACAGGACAUCUGCGCCACUUGUCGACUUACAUACUUCACAUGUCCUGGACAUUUUGGACACAUAGAGCUGCCCGCGCCCGUUUUCCAUCCAUUAUUCAUGGCGAAUAUGUACCGUCUGCUUCGUGGGACCUGCAUGUUCUGCCAUAGGUUCAAGCUGGACCGAAAAUCGGUUUGCCAAUCCAUAGCCAAGCUUCGUCUAUUGGAACACGGCCUUCUCGUCGCUGCUAAAGCCUUGGACGACGUCAAUGUCAAAACUAAGAAAUCAAAACGGGCCGAAGACGCUGAGGAAGAUGAUGAAGCUGUGGAAAGCGAUAGUGAAUUUGAGCGGAGGAUGGAUGCAUACGUGGCUCUUCAUCUCACGGCAGCACCCAGCAGCAAACGAGACUCAUAUAAAGAUAGUCUUGUGUAUCAGGCCCGGAAAGAAGUUGUCGUCGAGUUUCUCAAAUCGAUAGCGCUCAGGAAAUGCCAGAAUUCAGGCUGUGCAGCGCAUGCGCAUUCAUUUCGCAAAGAAGGCUAUACAAAAGUCAUCGAGUAUGACCUGUCUUCGAAGCAGAAGCUACAGCAUAAAUACAUAGGCUUAAGGCGACCAGCUGAAUUCGACAUGGGGUCAGAUGAGGAAUCCCUAGGGGACGAUGUCUUAUCGGAUGAGGAGGAAGAGGGACAAAAAGGCAGCAGCGCACCUCGGCUCCCAAAGUCCGCGAGUGGCAAGAUUAAGACGGCUCGAGGACGCAACGAACGUGUCAUGCCUCCGGAGGAGUGUCGUGCUCACCUGCGGCGAUUGUUCUCCAAUGAGGCUGUUAUGUGCUCUCUUCUGUAUGGCCGUCACGGUUCCUUCGCACCACUAACGAAGGAUAAGUUGUCUCUCGCGUCGGCGGAUAUGUUCUUCUUGGAAGUCGUUCCCGUCAGCCCUACUCGUUUUCGUCCUCCUGCUAAGAUAGGCGAGACACUGUUUGAACAUUCCCAGAAUGAGCUUCUUGGGAAGAUCCUGAUGACGUCCUAUCGCCUGCGUGAUCUUACGGAGAGUCUGCGCUCUGGGACUACAAAGGUUUUGGACGAAGCAGGCCGAAAAAAGGGUUUGGAAAAUUUCCUGGAUGCACUCGUUCAGUUACAAGUCGAUGUCAAUAGCUUCAUCGACAGCAGCAAGAAUCCAGUGCAUUCUCGUCAAGGAAGAUUACCACCAGCCGGUGUGAAGCAAGGUCUGGAGAAGAAGGAUGGUCUUUUUCGCAAGCACAUGAUGGGUAAACGUGUCAACUAUGCUGCCCGUUCAGUCAUCUCUCCCGACGUGAACAUCGAGCCCAAUGAGAUCGGUAUACCGCCCGUCUUCGCUCGCAAGCUCACUUUCCCUGAACCGGUCACCCCCGCCAACUUCCAUGAGAUGCGGCAGUAUGUAAUCACCGGCCCGCACGGGUAUCCUGGCGCGACCAUGGUUGAGUUUGAAGACGGACAACUUCAGUAUCUGGACAAGCUGAGCGUGGAACAACGGACAGCCAUUGCGAACCAGCUCCUGACGCCUCAGGAAAGCAAUCACGGAUCCACCAGCCAUGCACCUCUGCACACUCGUACUCCGGCGGUCAACAAGAAGGUGUAUCGCCAUCUGCUUGAUGGUGAUAUCUUGAUCGUGAACCGUCAGCCGACGCUGCACAAGCCCAGUAUGAUGUGUCAUAAGGCUCGCGUCCUGCAAGGCGAGAAGACGAUCCGGAUGCAUUACGCCAACUGUAAUUCAUAUAAUGAGAUGAACGUACACUUCCCACAAAACCAAGUCGCCCGAGCUGAAGCUAUGUUCAUUGCCAACACUGACAACCAGUAUCUCGUGCCGACAUCAGGAAAACCUCUUCGAGGUUUAAUCCAGGAUCAUGUCGUUGCUGGUGUCUGGAUGACGGCACAAGAUUCCUUCUUCACGCGCGAAGAAUACUUCCAGCUGCUCUAUGGUGCGCUUCGUCCUGAGGAGGGGACUGGAUAUCACAGUGGGCGUAUCGAGACUCUUCCUCCCGCGAUAUGGAAGCCCAAAGCUUUAUGGACAGGCAAGCAGAUCAUAUCGACCGUCCUCAAGAAUAUUACCCCCAGCAACUUCGAGGGUUUGAACCUUCACUCUCAGGCGAAGGUUCCGGGCUAUCUAUGGGGCAAAGAUUCGCAGGAGGGCGAUGUCGUCUUCAUGGACGGCGAGCUUCUUUGUGGUGUCCUGGACAAAGCUGCCUUCGGUGCUUCAGACUUCGGUCUGGUUCAUUCUGUUUACGAGCUAUACGGCGCAGAUGUGGCUGGCAGACUACUCGGUAUCCUCAGUCGACUGUUCACGAAAUUCCUGCAGCACCGCGCGUUCACAUGUCGGAUGGACGACUUGGCGUUGACUCCCGAGGGUAAUAGGAAACGCGCCGAACUGAUCCGCGAUGGGGCGCAGUUGGGAACGGAGGGUGCCAUCGAUAACUUCCCAGCGCUGAGCACAGUUCCUCCUGAAGAUAAGCCCCGGGUGCUACGGUCGUUACUCGAAGACGUGCUGCGGGAUGACAGCAAGAUGGCCGGAUUGGAUAUGACGGUGAAGGGCAAGAUGGCUAAGCUCACGAAAUCCAUUGCCGACGCGUGUAUGCCUGAUGGGCUUCUGCGAAAAUUCCCCCAUAAUCACAUGCAGGCCAUGACACUUUCUGGUGCUAAGGGCAGUGCCGUGAAUGCACAACAGAUAUCGUGCGCUCUAGGCCAGCAAGAGCUGGAGGGUCGCCGUGUGCCGGUCAUGACGAGCGGUAAGACGCUGCCAUCUUUCAAGCCAUUCGAGACGAAAGCGAUUGCGGGUGGAUACGUUGCAAGUCGGUUCUUGACCGGUGUGAAGCCCCAGGAGUUCUUCUUCCAUUGCAUGGCUGGUCGAGAGGGUCUCAUUGACACUGCCGUCAAAACGUCGCGUUCUGGUUACCUCCAAAGGUGUCUUAUCAAGCAUUUGGAGGGGGUGCGCGUUCACUACGACAAUACGGUCAGGGAAAGCGAUUCUUCGGUCUUACAGUUCAACUAUGGAGGCGACGCACUGGAUGUAACGAAACAGAAACAUCUACUGCAGUUCGACUUUAUGGCCCGAAAUAUGGUCUCGUUGGUCAAUCGUUACAGGCCGAAGGAGCUGCAUGGCAUCGUGGUAGAAGGAGCUAGCGACUACAUGAAGAAGGUCCUGAAGUAUAAAAAUAGGCCUUCCAAACGGGACAAAUACAAGCCCGCUCUCUCCGUAUAUAACCCCAACAGAAACCUUGGCAGUACUUCCGAGAAGUUUGCCGAGAAGCUCGAUGAGUACAUCAAGAAGAAUCCUGAUAGGCUGCUGCGGAGGAAAGGGCAGGAAGACGAGCUGCCCAUUCAGCGGCGCACGCCGCUUUUCUCGUCAAAGCAGUUCAAGUUGCUCAUGGACAUCAAGUACAUGCGCAGUCUGGUGGAACCUGGAGAAGCUGUGGGACUGCUUGCCUCUCAGGGUAUUGGCGAGCCGUCAACUCAAAUGACGUUGAACACGUUCCACUUCGCAGGUCACGGUGCUGCAAAUGUUACUCUCGGUAUUCCGCGGUUGCGUGAAAUUGUUAUGACGGCAUCUACUAAGCCCAAGACGCCUUCGAUGACCAUGAAAGUCCGUGAAAGUGUGCCAGAGUCGGACAUCGAUGCCUUCUGCAAGAAGGCUACUCGGUUGGCGCUGUCGCAUGUCGUUGACAAGGUCAUUGUCACAGAACAACUUAUCGUCAAUGGCAGAGGGAGGAGCAAGAAGUUUACGAUCGAGCUUGUGUUCUAUCCUGAAGCAGAAUACCGAUCAGAGUACGAUGUGAAGCCUAAGGAAAUCCUCACUGUCUUCGGUGCCAACUUCCCCUUGCUUCUCAGGAAAGAGCUGCAGCUGGAGCUGAAGAAGCUCGAUGCUGACGUGAAGAGUCAGAUGAAAGAGCUAGGCAAGGGCAAGGUAGUACGCGAACGUGCCGCAGUGGCCGAUACCGGCAAGGAAGGUGGAAACGAUGAUGACGAACAAGCAGGGAAAGAUGACGAUGAAGUGAGUGAGGUCGGAGAUGGUGAUGCUGCGGCGGUGAAGCGUCAGCGCCAAAUGAGCGAACAGGCGACCUACGAUGAUGACGAAGAGGAUUACGAUGUCGCAAGCGUAUUGGGCGAAUACGAUGAUGCAGAUAUCGAAGCCGCUUAUGCAUCACCUGCUUCAGAGGAUGGGAUGGAUGACAUUCGGGGUGAGGAGUCGCAGUCGCGCAACGGCCUUGUGGCCGAAGUCGCGAAGAUCGAGGAGCUGUUUAUGGAGAAUUUGCCCCAAGCAACUUCGUUCACCUUCAGCGAUUCCGGCUGUAAGAUCGGCCUUGAGGUCAGUUUCGACUCUGCCAUGCCGAAACUUCUGGUAGUAGGUAUAGUAGAAAGGGCGUGCGUGAAGACCGUCAUACGUCAGAUCCCGGGUAUCACCGAUUGUUUCAAGAGCAAAGAAGACGAUCAAAACGGUCGACCUGUCUAUACUCUAACCACAAACGGAUCAAAUAUCCCCGGCCUAUGGCAGUUCGCAUGCAGCGAUGUUGACAACAUGAUUGACGAAAACGGCAUUUAUUCUAAUGAUAUAUAUGCGAUUCUCUGCGCAUAUGGCGUAGAAGCUGCACGGGCAACGAUACUGCGGGAAAUCGGGGGCGUGUUUGCCGUCUACAAGAUUGAUGUUGACAGCCGUCAUCUCGAGUUAAUCGCUGAUUAUAUGACCUUUGAGGGUGGAUACAAGCCUUUCAAUCGGAGAGGCAUAUCGACAAAUCCCUCACCUCUGCUCAAGGCGUCAUUCGAAACUACGGCGGAGUUCCUGUCCGAUGCCACGCUUCACGGCGACUUCGAUGACCUGACCACGCCGUCCAGCAAUAUCGUGAUGGGAAGGCUGAAUCUGACAGGCACUGGCGUGUUCGAUAUCGUAAUGCCUGCGGACGUGACCAUUCAGGCCCGUGCAGAGGUCGCGGCUGCAAUUGUGUGA